GAGCCACAAGAAGAGCGAGGACGUUCGAGAGCAUUUCGCGGCCUUGGCAAGGGCGGCCUACCAGGACAACCGCAGCAAGGCGGACUCUUUCAGGACUGCUCAGAGCAAACGACGUUUGCCCAGCGAGGAGGAGGCCGUGGAAGUUCGACAACAGAAGGCCAUCGAGGCCGAUCGUCAGAGGACGGUGGUGCUCGAGGACUCCUGGACCUGGACCUUGGGAGUGGCCUUUCGAGACUUGGUGGAGGUCGGAAGUGGGGCCCAUGGACAGGUCUUUCGGGCGACGUUCCAGAACCAGCCUUUGGCCCUGAAGCUGGCCAAAGGCCGGGGACUGCAGGACCCCAUGCAAAGGGAGGCCGCUGGGACUCUGGACGUGGCUGAGGAGUUCGCCGUGCUCGGGGCUCUCGGCCAGCACCCUAACGUUGUUCGAGCUUUCGCUGUUCUGACCAGCUCGCUCGGAAGGCCAGCCCUGGUCCUCGAGUGGGCAACCCAGAGCUUGCACGAGCUGGCCCGCCGCCUCAAGGACGACCGACUGGAGAACACGACGGCCGGGAGGGACUCGCUGCUCCAGCUUUUUCAGCAGUUCCUCGUCGGCCUCAGCUUCGUGCACGGUCGUUCCUUCCUGCAUCUGGACGUCAAGCCCAGUAACAUCCUGGUCUUCGAAGGCGUUCGUGCUGUCCGUGUGACGUUCGCCGGCGACGUCUGGGCGGCUGCUGUCUCGCUCUUCGAGAUCUGCUGCCCGAAAAAGACUUCGCUUUGGACAAUCGCACCCCAGUCGUUCCUCCGGGCCAGCGAGGAGCAGACGGCGAAGGCCAUUCGGGAUAUGGCUGUCGCGAAGAGCUCCAAGUUUAUGCCCUUCGACGGGGCCAUCAAGGACAUCCUGACCCAGACCUUCGUGCCAGCCAAUCGACGGCUGACUUUGCCAGCCAUGCUGCAGAUCGUCCAGAAAGACGUUCGGUCAACCG